UCUAAAGAAGUCAUGGCGAAUCCUCAUCGGACUAACGUGUUGGUAACUUCAUGUUUGAAGACGCCGGUGGACCCUCACACCAAGGCACCUUUGGCUUCUUAUGAGCGGGAGAGAGGAGCUCCGUACCCGGCUACAGCUCAGAUGGACAACCGGGACUAUGAGAAAGAGCUGGAGUACGAGGACUCGGGCUCCGACUACUGCGACGACGACCGUCUGGGGAGGGAUGCCUCUCUCAUGAUGGCGGACUUCGGGGCGGCGGGAGACCGCUUCGACCUGAGCAAGAUCUUCUUCUCCAACGAGGAGUACUACAGCAAGCUGGAGGAGCUGAAGAGGGCUCACCUACGCACCAUGGCGGAGCUGGAGAGCAUGUACCAGCGGAAACUGCAGCUCAAGGCCAUGGAGCCUCUGGACAUGGAGACUGGGCACAGGUUCCUGUGGUCGAGCAGAAGCCCAGCAGCCUCUCGCCAUCUCAGGAAAUCGUACUCUGCCUUCGAGCUCAGGAGGGCCUCCGGACAGUCGGACUCCUCAGAUGAGGAUGAAGCUGCCGGUAACUAUGUGGAGAAAGGGCUGCUCUUCUCUCCUAAAGAACACAUUAAGAACAUGUGGCAGGACUUUAAACUGUCCCCGCACCACCGCCGCCUGUCGUCAUCCUCCCUGCACAGCCUGCAAACAGACGAGAAGAGACCCAGAAAGGGCAGAGGAAGGAAGAGGCACAAAGACCCCUGGAGGCACAGAGUGACCAUACCCAAACCUUUCCAGAUGAUGCUGCGAGAGGCUGAGAGGAGAAAACGCGGCAUAAAGACGCGCUCAGAGAUCGAGCUGGAGAACGCAGAGCUGAGGCGACAGCUGGAGGAGCUGACAGAGUGUCAGAGGAAGUUCAGGGCCAGCCCAGUACCCGCUCAUGUUCACCUCCCGCUUUAUGAAGAGCUGCAGGAGCAGAAAGAGCGGCGGCGCUCCAUGAAAGAGCGAGAAGAUCAGCCUCAUCGAACCGUCCAGAAACCCUUCAGCUUCCUGGAGAGAGAGCGACUAAAGAAGGAGCAGAGACAGCUGCGCCAGGCUCAGCAGGCCAACCAGGACAAAGCCAAACCCUUCAAGGCCAAGCCGGUGCCUAGGUCUGUGUACGCGGCAGCGUCAGGCGAGCAGAUGAAGGAGGAGCAGCUCUACCGCUCCAUCAAAAUACAGAUGAGAGCUCAGGAGCUGCUCCACAGCGCCGCCAUGCCUCCCAGCAUGCUCGAACGACGGCUGAGCGAGCGCAAGAAGAACAAAGACGGCGGCUCAGCCGGAACCGACAACUUCUCCCAUAAACCCCAGAUCAACACAGAGGUGCCUGACUUCGACGCCAGCUACAGGCGCUUCAAGAAGCACCUGGAGAAGCAGAAGGAGGUCCGGCCCACCACAGCGUGUGAGCCCUUUGAACUGAGGACGUCCCAGAUCUCCUCCCACAGAGACCGCAUCCUGGCUGACAUCCAGAAGGAGCAGAGCAGCCCGCGGUCUCUGCGCUGGCCACACAUCAGCCCCAGGCUGUCCCGGACGCCCAACUCCAGUCUCUGCUCAUCGCUCUCUGGUAGCCUGGAGAUCCUGCCCACCAAAGCCACAGACGCCACCAAGAAACGCCACGAGGCCGUGAGAAAGGUGCUGGAGCAGAGGAAGAAGGCCGAGGAGGAGGAGGAGCGGUGGAAGGAGAGGCAGAGACAGAGGGAGAAGAGGCUGCAGAGGGUGGUGGUGAAACGCGCCCAGGCCAACGACCCCCACCAGGCGCUGUCUCAGACUCAGCACACCAAACUCAAGGAAUUCAGGAAACAGGAUCUUCAGCGCAGGAAGGAGUACCAACAGGAGAUUAAAGAGAUGAAGCAGAGAGUGAAAGGGAGGCCGCUGCUGCUGGAGCAGGUCACACAGAGGAAUGCCAAGCAGGCUGCAGAGAAGCGCUACACAGACACGCUGCAUGGAUGUGAUCUGACUGAAGAGUUUGUCAGCAGCAAGGCGGGAAAGUCAGGAUCUACAGACAAAGACUCCUCAUCCUCCAGCAGAAAACAGAGUGACCAAGAUGACACAGACAUCGGACAUGAGCCUGUGCUCUACAGAAAAGUCUUCCUGGACGAUGAAGACUCUGACGGAGAUCCAAAGGAGAGAGAGGGAGGGAGUGACGAGGCUUCAUCUAACCAAAGAGACGGAGAGGAUGCCAGCAGUCAGCACUCUGAUGAUGAUAAACACGAUUCAGAGGACAGCUACCACUACUCCGACGAUCACGAGAACUACUCCGACGACAGCGAGCACGACGUCGACACGAAACAGCAGGAAGUGGCAGAUUGAGGCCAUCAAACCAGAAUGAUAUGAGAGAUUUACUGAAUGUUAGGGCUAAAUUCAAAAACUCCUGACUGAGAAAGGCUGCAAACAUGAAGGAAGGAGGGAGCCUCCCACUCCCAGAAUGAUAAAGAAUUUAUAUUCUGUUGUAAAUAUUGUGCUGUAAGGAGUUAAAACAGGA